CCUCGGUCGUAUUGGGGGUGGAUACUUUUCUGAAAUAAUUGUGAGGGAUUACGCCUACCCAAGACAUGCAGCCAUGGCUGUUGCCCAAGUUAUAAUGGCAUUUGGGCAUUUCUUCUUUGCUAUGGGUUGGCCAGGGGCUAUGUACAUUGGAACUCUUCUGGUCGGGCUCGGUUAUGGGGCUCAUUGGGCUAUUGUGCCAGCUGCUGCUUCUGAAUUGUUUGGCUUAAAGAAUUUUGGAGCUUUGUACAAUUUCCUCACUGUUGCGAACCCAGCUGGUUCAUUAGUAUUCUCAGGUAUUAUUGCUAGUAGCAUAUAUGACAGUGAAGCUGCAAAGCAAGCUCAAGAGCGUCAUCCCAGCCAAUGGAAUGGGGCAUCUAUUUUGUCAAGUUUUCUAGCUGUGGAGGAACCUCUAAAGUGUGAAGGUGCCAUAUGCUUCUUCUUGACUUCCUUAAUACUAUGUGGACUCUGCAUUAUUGCUGCUUGUCUUAGCAUGAUUCUAGUUUAUCGAACCAAGGCUGUAUACAAUCAGCUUUAUGGAAAAUCUCGUACAUAAUCCAUCUGUCAAGUGAAGCUUGGAUAGAAGUUUGAGUAGUUUGCACAGAUACUCUCAACCAGCUUAUGGAUCCAAGCCUUUCACUGAGGUGACAUUGUUAGCCAUAACCAGAAAACUUCCUCCUCGAUGAGAGCAAGCAACAAUGGAGAUGGCGCAACUGCCUUUUGUGGUGUUAGAAGCUGUUCCUCGUAAUGUGAGAUAAAUGUUUGAUUGCAAUUAUUGAUUGGUGUAUAUUUUGCAUUGUAAUUGAAACUUGACAUUGUUUUAUUCUGGUUGUCAACCAUCAUUUAUUGAAUGAGAUCUUCCAUUUUUUAAACUUUA